CUUGUAAACAGACAAAUGACUUUGCGCUACUGUGUGGUAACCUAGGCCACAUUGUUGUCACUAAAACUUUGACACAAUCGUUAUCUCUAUGAUGGAGCCGAACUCGUGCAGCUGCUGUGCGGCACCAUGUGUUCAAGUGACUUUCAGACAGACAGAUAGAUAAAAACUGUAACCAAUAUGAAUAGAUAAAAACUGUAACCAAUAUCAUGAGAUUCACGCUACAUGCGGCCAAACGUGCCCUGUCUCCCGGCCUGCGCUGCUUCUCCCAGUCUUCCGCCUGCGGAGACAUAAUUGAGGAUGAUUUUGGAAGGACAGGCUCUCCACGUCUCACAGAUCAGGCGUCUCUCUACGUGCACUGGCCUUAUUGUCUCAGAAGGUGCUCCUACUGCAACUUUAACAAGUACAUACCCAGAGACAACAAUGACCACAUGAUGACUGAGUGUCUUCAGAGGGAGACGGAGACAUUGCUUCUGCUCAGUGGGGUGUCCUGCAUCACCUCUGUGUUUUUUGGUGGCGGGACUCCGAGCCUGGCUCCCCCCUCAACCAUCGCUGCAGUCCUUGAAACUGUUUCCAGGCGUGCAUAUCUGUCGGAUAAGGCUGAGGUCACGCUCGAGGUCAACCCUACUCCAGUGGGAAAAUCAAAGUUAGAGGACUACUGCCGUGCAGGGGUGAACCGUUUCUCCAUCGGAGUCCAGUCUUUGCAGGAUGAAGAUUUGAAAAUCCUGGGAAGAGACCACAGCCCUCAUCAGGCUCUGCAGACCGUGGAGGAGGCCAGGAGGCUGUGCCCCGGGAGGGUGUCAGUGGACGUCAUGUUCGGUCGACCCCAACAGAGCGUUAAAUCCUGGGAGAGUGAGUUGUCUGAGCUGUUGAAGGUGUGCGACGACCACGUGUCUCUGUACCAGCUGACGUUGGAGCGAGGCACCCAGCUCUUCAAACAGGUGCAGCGAGGAGAGGUGAGCGUGCCCGCUGAAGAGGUGACAGCAGAGAUGUACCAGAGUGCCAGGAGGACUCUGCAGCAGCAUGGCUUUCUGCAGUACGAGGUGUCCAACUUUGCAAGACAUAACGCAGUGAGUCAUCACAACGUGAGCUACUGGAAGGGAAGGCAGUACAUCGGUGUCGGCCCAGGAGCACAUGGGAGGUUUGUUCCUGUGGGGGAGGGAGGUGUUGUUCGGGAGGCGCGGACCCAGACUCUGGAGCCUGACGUCUGGAUCUGUGAAGUCCAGCAGAGGGGACAUGGGACACGGAGGCGGAUUCAGCUCGGACACCUUGAACUAUUGGAGGAGGUGUUGGUGAUGGGAAUGAGAAUGACCGAGGGCGUUUAUCACAAGCACUGGGAGUUGUUCAGCCCCCAACUUGGCCUCCAUGAAGUGUUCGGUUCAUCAACUUUUGUCCAAGAGUUAUUACAGAGUGGGCAGCUCAUUCUUGAUGACAGAGGUCUGCGCUGCUCCUGGGAUGGGCUGGCCGUACUGGACAGCAUGCUGCCGGCUCUACUGGUGGAGCUGGAAAGACAAAUCACUCACAGGCUUCCAGGGGACCACCAUGCUGAUGGACAAACCAAAAGAACCUCAACCCCAUGAUGACAUGAAUGUUAAUAUAUAACAGGUAAAUUCAGAGAAGGCUUGUCUGUGGAUUAGCCUGACGGGACAUGUAAAAUAAUAACAGGUCCAAAAUCUGAGUUAUUGAAGCUUUUUGUGAGAUAUUUAUAUUUUAUUGUAUAAUUUGAGUGUGUUAUGUGUGCGUGUUUAUAGAGAAAUAAAAUGGGCCCCACUGGCUUCUAUAUUUAA